UAUGAAAUAUUUUGUACUUUUAGGUUCAUUUGCUUCUAAUGACGCAAAUAAUUUUCCAUGAAUUCUUUCCAAAUACUGGGUCAACAAGGAGCUCUAGGAAUGAUUUUUGAUAUAGGAGAUGCUUUGACCAUUGUGGUUUGCUUAGAAUACAAUGCACCGGUUUUUCCAUAAGAGAUAUUCAACUUCUUUGAAAUCACACGAAAACUUGUUUCUCAUAAAGUACACAAUCUCCUAAUGAUAAAUGAUUCCUACGUCUGAUGCCCUCAUUGCAUCUACCAGGGUGCCUGCAUAAAGUCAAAGUAGAUCGAGUAUUAUUAUGCAGAACGAUUAAGAAUGUUGUCGAACCGCUUAAGUGUUCAAGUGCAAUUUCUAAUAUUAUUCCUAAUCUAUAUAUUUUUAUCAGCAGUCCUUUAAUCGCUUCUCCUCCGGUUUCAGCGCACUAUCAAACAGGUGUGUCGGCAGAAGAAAAGCACCGUGCAAUACUUCGGCGUAAAGCACGAGCGAUGAGUCAAUGUCAGCGACUGAGUUCAGCUAUGCGUGAUGUGCAUACAUGCUGUUCUUAAUGUCUUUCCCCGCUAACGUCUCUCACCGCCUCAUCAUCGUCGUCGUUGUCGCAUCAUCGUCGGUCCGGGUACCAAUAAAAGAGAUCGGCGAACCUAGGCUCCGUUAGUAUCCGCGUGUUUCCCGCGGCGAAUGGAGCGACGGUGAUCCGUCUAAAGAGCUCCGCUUCCGAAGAACCAGUUUACAAACGAUUAUAUCUGGUAAUUGCACAGUGCUCGGCACAUUCGUCAAGCAGACACCGGAAUUGUGCGAUUCCACAAGCCGAUUAAGUGAAACUGAACUUGACCUAUAUCCAGGGGACGCCGAAGUGCCGUGGCGUUGAAGCGGUAAAUCGAUUGAGACGAUCGCACUGAAAACUCUAGUACUGUCUCAUCGCGUUUUCUCUCAGAAACUCAGGAAUAUGGCGCGAGAAUGGUUGUUGUUUGGUUUUAUGGCGUUGGUUGGUGGUCAGCUCAUUUACCCGGAUCAAUACGAAAUUAUGCAAGCUGACCACAGUUUUGCUUUGGGAUCACUACCUGUUAAUUACAAUGCUACCGCGUUGCAAACAGCCAGCAAUAAUCGGCCCGCUCAAAUUGAUCAACAAUUCGAUCAUAGACCAGUUUCGCAACUUAUCACCGCGAGACCAGCAGAAGGGCAACUUUCUUCUAAGACUACUCGUGUACCUUUGUACUCAACAAUUCCAGCAGCCAGCCCACAACCCAUGCCGGAAACUUGGAGCAAUCAUGUAACUAAUAUUAUAUCCAGGGGAAUUACAAAGUUUGCUUUGGAUUUGGAUAAAGCGAUUUCCAAGACCUCAGACACAUCGGUGACUAAUAAUCAUGCGAACGUGAUCUUUUCUCCCCUCAGCGUAUCCGUCGCCUUGUCAUUAGUUCUGUUGGGUUCCGCUGGCAAGACUUUCGACGAGGUUACCCGGAUACUUGGUUUAGAGUCUGGUGUCGAUAUAUCUCAACAUUCAGAAAUUGUUCAUCUGAUGUUCGGCCAGCUUUUGGCCAUUAUGAAUUACAGACUCGAGGAUAGCAAUACGCCACGCGUGAGUUCCGCCAGUGGUAUCUUCGUCCAGCAAGGAUAUCCGAUUCGACCUGAAUUUCGUGUCAUCAGCGAGAAUGCGUACCAAAGCGAAGUGAUAAAUUUAGAUUUUCACACAAAAAGCAGGGAAGCGCGAGACACAAUAAAUGCUUGGGUGAAGCAACGAACAAUGGGGAAAAUUGAUAGUAUAUUGAACGAAUCGCCGGAUCCGUUGACCACUGUGAUUCUUUUAUCGGCACUCUACUUCAAGGGAGAAUGGAAUCAGCAUUUCUUGACAGCUAUGACAAAGAGGAAACCAUUCUUCAUCGAGCCGAAUAACACAGUCGAGAUAGAUAUGAUGUAUAACGGAGGAAAUUUUCCUUUCUAUGAGGACAAAUCGCUGGGCGUUAAAAUAUUGGCUUUGCCUUACAAAGGCUUAGAGAUGUCUAUGUAUGUACUUUUGCCGAAAGCUGAAGGAGCCGCCGCAUUGAAAAACUUCCAGGACCAACUGACGCCUGAGACUAUUGAGUAUUUAAUAAGCAAUACGAAAAAUGAGACUUGCAUCGUAGGUUUUCCUCGUAUGAAAAUUUCGAGCACAUUGAGUUUGAAUGAUGCACUUCACAAUCUAGGCCUGAACUCAUUGUUUGAUCCAAAAACUGCGGAUUUAAGUCUCUUAUCGAACGGAUACGGCCAAGCAUCGCAAGCACCAAUUGUACCGAUUCCGCAACCAUUUCCUACAUCGAUUCCUCAAGCACAGGCUACACCGGUUCCGCAACUAUUCCCUACGUCGAUUCCGCAAGUACAGGGUGGGCCAAUUCCACAACCAUUCCCUACAUCGAUUCCGCAAGCACAAGGUGGACCGAUUCCACAACCAUUCCCUACAUCGAUUCCGCAAGCACAAGGUGGACCGAUUCCACAACCAUUCCCUACAUCGAUUCCGCAAGCACAAGGUGGACCGAUUCCACAACCAUUCCCUACAUCGAUUCCGCAAGCGCAGAAUGGACCGGUUCCACAACCAUUCCCUACAGCAAUUCCGCAAGCACAAGGUGCACCGGCUCCACAGCAAUUCCCUACAGCAAUUCCGCAAGUACAAGGUGGAUCAGUUCCACAACAAUUCCCUACAUUGAUUCCACAAGCACAAGGUGGACCGGUUCGACAACCAUUCCCUACGUCAAUUCCGCAAGUGCCACGACAACUUCCUCCCACUCAAUUGCCAAACACCAACACCGACGAGUUCUUAAUUUUUUCACGGAUUGGGGAUCACACUAAUCAAGGCAGCGCGAGAAAGAAUUAUUUCACGUAUGAAGAUGAGAGAGGCACCAAUGUAGAACAAUGGGACACGGGCUUCAACAUUCGUAAGGUCGGUCUAAAACGUCGUGACACUCGAAGACGGCGUAACGAUUCAUCGCGUGCAACGUACAUCACGGAGAACGAUAACCUUGAGAAAGUCGGACCAAAAGUUGAAAAUGUGAACACGAAAUACGUCAGCUUGGAGGAGAAUAAGUAUCGGUUCCGAAAUACCGAGAAAAAUACGAAGAGCAGAAGGAGACGGCAGAGCCGACCUAUAGAUCAAAAUUUCUUGAGAUUUAUGCACACCCAAAAUUUCCACACAUAUGGUUUGGAUAUCCUACGAAACAGCGCGAAUCUCGUGAAUCCGGGCCUGUACGCCAACGAAGUGCUACACAAAGUGGAGAUGGAUGUGAACGAAAGGGGGACCGAGGCAGCAGCGGUUACCUCGGUAGUUUUGCGUCGGGACGGCAAUCAAAAGAAACUAAUUGCCAAUCGGCCUUUCAUGUUUUUCAUCAGACAUAAUCCCACGAAGCUCAUCCUCUUCUGGGGAACUAUAAACAAGCCGACUCCAAACUACGCCGUCGUCAGAUGAAAUACGUGAAUGUUUCUCGUAAACAUAUUGUAUAUUGGAGUUUGCUUUCCUCGCAUAAUUCAUACUGAUUUUUUAUAUAUUUAUAUAUUCGUCUUUUGAAUCGAACAAAUGCGAUUAUUUUUUACGCCUUAUAUAUAUAUAUAUAUAUAUAUAUAUAUAUUUUGCAUUGCUGUAGCAUUUAUGAUUUUUACGUAGAUUAUUGCGAUCAAAAUGAGCAUACCUAUUGUGCUGCAAUGUUCUCGUUUUAUUGUUCAUUAUUUUAUUUUAUUUUAUUUUACGUUUAUAACGUGUACGUUUAAGCUUUUUAUCGCGUGAUAUGCUUAUGCUGUAAGUUAAGAUGAUGUUACAAUCGUACUCUUUAAGUAUAAAUUAAAGACAAUGUUACAUUUUGAUAACGAUGACGAUGAUAGAAACGAUUAAUGCAAGGAGAUAAAUAAGAUAUCUAAUAAAUGAUAAUAUUUUGAAAUUUUACAGAAUUACAGAUAAAUUUUUAAUGCAGUCUUUGAUGUGAUGAUGCUCUGAUUAAUAAAAUUGACUAUAGUACGAUACAUUAGUUUCAAGCUUUAAUUUAUAGGUAGUAUUGCGAAUCUCGUCUUCGAGCAGUACAUGACCGUACACUCAGCUUGCUUCUAGUAAUAAAUAAUGUUCCUUUAAAUUUUUAAAAUAAAUAUGUCAAAUACGAAAUUGAUACUGUUUAGUUUUCAUGACUCAAUGUCUGUUACAUUAAUCUGAACGCUUAUGAAAAUAAAAAUAAUUGAUUUAAUUAA